CUCCACGGUCCCGGAGUUGAAUGAUCCCAGUGUGACAGAGGCGGGAGGGGAACACAGAACAAGUCCUGGACGAGGUUUGAGCCAAAAGCACUCUGCUGCCCGACUUUUAUCGACAUUCCUCCGUCUGUCCGGCUUGCAGAACUGAGCCAAACAAUUCAAGGUGCGUAAUUACGCAAGGGGACGAAAGAUCUGCGGUGCUGCUUGCCGUGGAAACCCGCGGACAAAGAAAGGCAGACAGGCUGGAGUACAACAACUGACUUGAGAGGAGAGGAGUACUGUUGCAGGGGAAACGGGGAAUCUGGAGUCGGAAGUGAUUUGUCUUUUUUUUCGGAAAUGUAAUUUGCGUCGAGGAUUUUGGGGAAGAAGCGAAUCUGUUUGGAAACCGAGGAGACGAGGACAAAAAGUGGAGUGGUGAGUGGAAUCAGUCCGCAAAACAGCAUCCAGAUCACCGGAGCAUGGGAGGAGUUGUCUGCGAGCUGUAAAAUGUUCCCGCUACAUCGAGAGAGGGAGCAGCCCAUCUUUAGUGCCAGAGCUCAUGUCUUCCAGAUCGACCCAGCCACCAAACGCAACUGGCUGCCAGCCAGCAAACACGCCGUCACCGUGUCCUUCUUCUACGAUGCCAGCCGCAGCGUCUACCGCAUCAUCAGUGUGGGCGGGACGAAGGCCAUCAUCAACAGCACCAUCACCCCCAACAUGACCUUCACCAAAACCUCCCAGAAGUUUGGCCAGUGGGCAGACAGCCGGGCCAACACGGUCUACGGCCUGGGCUUCUCCACGGAGCAGCAGCUGCAGCAGUUUGCAGAGCAGUUUAAGGAAGUGAAGGAGGCGGCCCGCCUGGCCAGAGAGAAAUCUCAGGAGAGGUUUGAACUGGCCAACCCUGCGCUCAACAUUGCAGCUCCAGAGCUCUCCCAGGAGUUGUCGGAGGAGCGCCAUUCCCCGCCGCUGCUCACAGUCAAUGGGCCUGGCGAGGAAAAGCUGUUUCGCAGCAAGAGUGCUGAAGUGGAGCUGACGGCAGAGAAGGAGAGGGUCAAAAAAAUGUUGUCUGAAGGGUCCAUGUGUGAGAUAAACCUGGAGGCUGAACUCUUCACGCUGCAGGACAGUAACUCUAAGCUGGUGGAAGCACUGCAGGAAGCCAACAGCAGCGUGGAUCAGUGGAAGCAACAACUGGCUGAAUAUCAGGAGGAGACCGAUCGCCUCAGAGACCAGGUGGCAGAGCUUGAGGCCCAGCUGGGGCAUCCUGCUGCUGGUCAGACUGCUAGAGAGGAGCUGAGUCGGACACUGAAGGAGCUGGAAACCCUGCUGAGCGCUAAAGAUCAGGAAAUUCACAAUCUACAGAGCAAGAAAACCGAUGUGGGUGAGCUGGAGAAAGAGAAAGAAGAGUCCAUGCAGAGACUCGAGGAUCUGGAGAGACAAAACGGCGACUUGGCGGAUCGGGUUCAGAGCGCUGAAAAGACACUGGCGUCGAGCCGGGAGGAGCAGGACCAGUCGGAGGCCGAGGUCAAACGCAUCAUCAACGUUCUGGAUGUCAAAAUCUGUGACCUGAACGACUUGAGACAUAGCCUGGCAAAACUAAUCGACAAAUAGCCACAGCAGCAGUUGGGCUGCAUCUCCACAGUCUGCACGGGUUCCACCCAUGUGGCCUUGAUUUGUGUUUUACUGGUUUAUCAGCAGAGCAACAAUCAAAGCAUUAUGGAGGAACAUUUACUGGUGUUUACCUUCAUGGAUGUGUUUUUGAAAGAUCAGUGUGGGUAAACAGCAGGUAUCAGAAACCUUUUUUAAGGUGCUAUGUGCAGAAUAAAACAGCAUUGUCACAUUAAUACUGCAGCCUUGGUAUGAUUAUCAUAAACAGUUGACAGUGUGGUCUAACUGACUACUGGUUUCUCCAUA